UCCCCCCUUAUUUUAAUGGUCGCUCCUUGUUUGCUUUUAAUGGUCGUUUGCCGUGUUAUUUUUUAAAACAAUUUUGAAUUAGUUUAUAAACAUCCUUGUAAAAUGGCCGCAGGUCCCAUAGCUGAACGUAAUCAAGAUGCGACAAUUUAUGCCGGCGGAUUGGAUGAUAAAGUAUCAGAGACUCUGCUCUGGGAGCUGUUCGUCCAGGCAGGACCAGUAGUAAACGUUCACAUGCCCAAAGAUCGUGUCACACAAAUGCAUCAGGGUUAUGGCUUCGUGGAGUUUCUCAGCGAAGAAGAUGCCGACUAUGCCAUCAAGAUUAUGAACAUGAUCAAGCUGUAUGGCAAACCCAUUAGGGUCAAUAAAGCUUCGGCCCAUCAAAAGAAUCUGGAUGUGGGCGCCAACAUUUUUAUUGGCAACUUAGACGUGGAAGUCGAUGAGAAACUGCUUUAUGAUACUUUCUCCGCAUUUGGAGUGAUACUGCAGACACCAAAGCUUAUGCGUGAUCCAGAAACUGGCAAGUCCAAGGGAUUUGCUUUCAUAAAUUUCGCCAGCUUUGAAGCUAGUGACGCGGCAAUGGAUGCCAUGAAUGGUCAAUAUCUUUGCAACCGUCCCAUCUCAGUGUCAUAUGCCUUCAAAAAAGACCACAAGGGUGAGAGGCAUGGAUCGGCAGCCGAGCGACUGUUGGCUGCCCAAAAUCCGUCAGCUCAUGCGGAUCGUCCGCAUCAACUGUUCGCAGAUGCUCCCGUACAGAAUAUGAUGCCGGUGAUGCCUGGACAAAUGAUGCCACCACCAAUGAUGCCCCCGCCGCCGCCAGUGGUGCCUGUAUCAUCCAAUAAUAUGAAUAUGAUAGCGCCACCGCCACCUGUGCCGCAGCCGUCACCAUUUCCAGCGACAAUACCACCUCCUCCGCUGCCGCCGAUGGCCGGUGGACAGCCACCAUUGCCACCGGCCAUGGGCAUACCGCCGCCGCCACGCAUGAUGCAGCCAAAUGCUUGGGCUCCACCUGGCAUGCCUGCGCCGCCGCCACGUCCACCGCCAACGAAUUGGCGUCCACCUCCUGUACCGUUUGCACCGACCCCAUUUGCCAGACCCUAUCAACCAGACGGCUACCAGUACUAAGUCACUCCAUCUGUAGUUAAAGUAAAGUAAUAAAUUGUAAGAUCGACAAA